AAUAUUCUUAUUCUCAAACCAACAUUCCAACAACAAAUAACCAAAUCCUAAAAAAGAAAUACAACUUCCUCUUUAUAAUAAAAUGGCAAUAACCAAGUUUGUGAUUCUAGCUGCCGUCAUGGCAGCCUUGGUGGUGAUGACUCAUGCCACCAUCAUAACCACCGAAGUCGAGAUUGAAGAUGACUUUGAACAAGGGAGGGGCUCAUCUAGCCAGUGUCGCCGCCAGCUAAGGUCGCAGUGGCCGAACCACUGUGAGCAGUACAUGAUGCAAGGCAUGAGGAGGUACAUGGGUCGUGAUGAGGAUGAUAACCAAGGAAGUCAACAAUACUUAGAGAAGUGUUGUGAUGACUUGAAGAUGAUGAGGCCACAAUGUCAAUGUGAAGCCAUGAAGAUGAUAGUGGAAGAAAAAGGGAUGAUGCAUGAACAAAGAAUGAUGGAAAAAGCCAUGAACAUUCCUAGGAUGUGUGGUACCAUGCAACGCAAGUGCCGCAUGUCAUACAUGGAGUAAGACGUACUAUAUGAUGUGCAUGCAUGCAUGUAUGUCAUCCUAUAUAUGCAUGUAUGCAAGCUAGGGUAUGGUCAUCAACAUCAUCAACAUCAUGAUCAUGAUGCAUGGUGGAUGAUUAUGAUCAUUGUUGUCUUUAAAUUCUCUUAGUUAAUUAGCUAAGUCUAAUUUUCUUAAGAGAGAAUGUUAUAUAAGGGAUGAUUUUAGGGCACAUGGUCGUGUGCCUUGAUGUUUUCUUUUGAGCUUUGUACUUGUUUUUAGUUGUUUCAUUUGAGCUAUGCACAAUAAAUAAAAGUUAGCUCGUUCGGUCUUGAUCACUA